AUGGCCCUCACCCCUGGUGCUAAAGUGCCAUCUGUCGUUCCUAAGCAUGAGAAGGCCCUGAUAUGCCUCACAGAGGAUGUCACCGCUAAGACUGCCUUCCUAUUUAUUUUACCUCAGUAUAACGUUAGCGUGCCUACAGCAGAUAGUGAGACUGUGCACUACCACUAUGGGCCGAAGGAUCUGGUCACCAUCUUGUUCUACGUCUUCAUCACCAUCAUCUUGCACGCUGUGGUUCAGGAGUACAUUUUAGAUAAAAUCAGCAAACGGCUUCACCUCUCCAAGGUGAAACACAGCAAGUUCAACGAAUCUGGACAGCUGGUCGUCUUUCAUCUCAGCUCUGUGGUAUGGUGCUUCUACGUGGUGGUGACGGAAGGAUAUUUAACAAACCCAAGAAGCCUCUGGGAAGACUACCCACACGUGUACCUCCCCUUCCAGGUGAAGUUUUUCUACCUGUGCCAGCUGGCCUACUGGCUGCAUGCACUGCCUGAGCUGUACUUCCAGAAGGUACGGAAGGAGGAAAUUCCCCGCCAGCUCCAGUACAUCUGUCUGUACCUGGUCCACAUAGCUGGAGCAUACCUCUUAAACCUCAGCCGCCUGGGCCUAAUCUUGCUGCUGCUGCAGUACUCAACUGAGUUCCUCUUCCACAUGGCUCGACUCUUCUACUUUGCCGAUGAGAACAACGAGAAGCUGUUUAAUGCCUGGGCUGCUGUGUUUGGGGUCACCCGCCUCUUCAUCCUCACACUCGCCGUGCUGGCCAUCGGUUUUGGACUCGCUCGCAUAGAAAACCAGGCCUUUGAUCCCGAGAAAGGAAACUUCAACACCUUACUCUGCAGGCUCUGUGUGCUGCUGCUGGUGUGCGCUGCCCAGGCCUGGCUCAUGUGGCGCUUCAUCCACUCCCAGCUGCGACACUGGCGGGAAUAUUGGAAUGAGCAGAGUGCCAAGCGGAGAGUCCCAGCUGCCCCCAGACUGCCGGCCAGGCUCGUCAAGAGGGAAUCUGGUUACCAUGAAAACGGAGUAGUGAAAGCGGAGAAUGGGACCUCCCCACGGACUAAGAAACUCAAGUCUCCUUGA